UUUGGGAGUGUACACUGGGGUGGAAGAAGACUGCCAGUCGCCGUCGGAGUUGCAGGCUGCCUGUUUUCUGCGCAGUCGGAGGCCCUGUCUUAUGGCACGUCACGCCUCGGGGUUCAGAGAACCGGUCUUCACCCUCUGGGAGCCACGCCUGUCACCCCGCGAGGCGUAGACCUGCGUGGGCUACGGUCAAGGCCGGCCAGGGCCCCGCCCCUCGGGGCGGCUCUGCGCAUGCUCGGCGGUGCGGGCGGCAGAGCCGGCAGCGGCGACCUGGAGACCCCCGAGGGAUGGAAGCGCCGGCGCCGGCGGAGGCGGCGGGAUGCGAGGAGCUCGAUAUGGAUGUGAUGAGGCCCUUAAUCAACGAGCAGAAUUUCGAUGGGUCGUCAGACGAGGAGCAGGAGCAGAUCCUGCCUGUGCAGAAGCACUACCAGCUGGAGGGGCAGCAUGGGAUCUCAUUUGUGCAAACUCUGAUGCAUCUUCUCAAGGGGAACAUCGGAACUGGCCUUUUAGGGCUCCCCUUGGCGAUAAAGAACGCGGGCAUCGUGCUUGGACCAAUCAGCCUUGUGUUUAUAGGAAUUAUUUCCGUCCACUGUAUGCACAUAUUGGUACGUUGCAGUCACUUUCUAUGUCAGAGGUUUAAGAAGUCCACUUUGGGGUACAGUGACACCGUGAGUUUUGCCAUGGAGGCCAGCCCGUGGAGUUGCCUUCAGCGGCAGGCAGCCUGGGGCCGGAACGUGGUCGACUUUUUCCUGGUGAUAACACAGCUGGGAUUCUGCAGCGUUUAUAUUGUCUUCUUAGCUGAAAAUGUGAAACAAAUUCAUGAAGGGUUCCUGGAGAGCACAGCGCUUGUUUCGAAUAGCUCGGAGCUGUCUGGUACAUGUGAGAGGAGGAGUGUGGACCUCAGGGUCUACAUGCUCUGCUUUCUGCCUCUCAUGAUUCUCUUGGUCUUCAUUCGUGAGCUGAAGAACCUCUUCGUUCUUUCAUUCCUUGCCAAUGUUUCCAUGGCUGCCAGUCUUGUGAUAAUUUACCAGUAUGUUAUUCGGAACAUGCCGGAUCCCCACAACCUACCCAUCGUGGCUGGUUGGAAGAAGUACCCACUGUUCUUUGGUACUGCUGUGUUCGCUUUUGAAGGCAUAGGAGUGGUGCUUCCACUGGAAAACCAAAUGAGAGAGUCCAGACGCUUCCCUCAGGCGCUGACCGUUGGCAUGGCGAUCGUCACGGUGCUGUACAUCAGCCUGGCCACUUUAGGCUAUAUGUGCUUCCGUGAUGAAAUCAAAGGCAGCAUAACCCUGAACCUCCCCCAGGACAUGUGGUUGUAUCAGCUAGUGAAAAUUCUGUACUCCUUCGGCAUUUUCGUGACCUAUUCAAUUCAGUUCUAUGUCCCAGCUGAGAUCAUUAUUCCUGCAGUCACUGCCAGACUUCAUGCCAAAUGGAAGCGCAUCUGUGAAUUCGGGAUGCGGUCCUUCUUGGUUAGCGUCACUUGUGCUGGGGCAGUUCUCAUUCCUCGCCUAGACAUCGUGAUCUCCUUCGUGGGUGCUGUGAGCAGCAGCACUCUAGCCCUGAUCCUGCCCCCCCUCGUGGAAAUCCUUACAUUUUCUAAGGAACAUUACAACAUAUGGAUGAUCCUGAAAAACAUUUCCAUAGCAUUCACUGGAGUUGUCGGCUUCUUGUUGGGCACGUAUGUCACCGUUGAGGAAAUUAUUUACCCAACGACAGGAGUUGUGUCUGGCACCCCACAGAGCCCCUCUCUUAAUGAGAACUCUACGUGCUUAGUGUCAGGUUUGAAAUAGGGGGAAGAUCUGCGAGCCUUCUGUUGUCACCCCAAUCCUAACAGCCGUUAAGAACCGGUACA